GUAAGAGCUGGGAGGGCUGACAACAACGAGCUGGCGCAUGUUGGAAAAGUCGGACACGCAACAUUUUCUCCUUUGAUGUGUGAAAUUGCCCAUAUAUCACCAUUUUAUUGAUGAUGUUCUCUCCGUUCUGCGCGAGAGGUGGAUUCUAUGGCAUUGUUCUCGUCUUGAAAUGACUGAACGCCACCGUGUCUAGCCGAUGGUGACUGCGGGGGCUCCUGUCUUGUGGAUUAUCCGUUGUCGUCGCCGAAGCAAUCGCAGGGUCGUGCCCGGAGGAGGCCCCUCUUUGCUGGAUGGAUGUGUGUGAAGAAGCGGCGGAUGAACAAACACAGUGGCCGUAAUAACGAUGAGGUUUCAUCGGCUGCGGAUGAACUGAUCUCGGAUGUUUGGGCUACAUCGCCCCUACAUAUAUCAUUUCUUUCACGCUGCAGAAAAGAAAUUCCUUAAAAACUGGACGCCCCUGGAACAGUUUAUGACGACCCUGGUAGGAGCGUGAUGAGCGCGCGCUUCCGCUUGCCUCCAGGCAGAUCCUACAAUGUCCGGGCAACGGAGCUGGAGCGAGACAGGCAGCACACACAGGUUGUGUGCAAUGUACUGUUGCUGGACAACACAGUCCAAGCUUUCAAAGUCAGCAAGUCUGAUCAUGGCCAGGUUUUGCACGAUGCUGUGUUUAAGCACCUGGAGCUGACAGAACGUGACUAUUUUGGCCUACACUUGGCGGAUGAUUCCUCAGACGCACCGCGCUGGCUGGAUCCCAACAAGCCCAUCAGGAAACAGUUAAAAAGAGGAUCACCACACAACUUGAGCUUCAGAGUCAAAUUUUUCGUGACAGAUCCCAGCAAACUUCAGGAAGAAUACACACGGUAUCAGUAUUUCCUCCAGAUUAAGCAGGAUAUACUGACUGGAAGAUUGCCCUGUCCUCACAACACAGCCGCUCUGCUGGCUUCCUACGCCGUUCAAUCUGAGUUGGGUGACUACAAUGAGGUAGAGCAUCCCCCUGGCUAUUUAGCAGAAUUCUCCUUCAUCCCAAACCCACCACAAGACUUCCACAAAGAAGUUGCCAAACACCACCAGCAGCACAGUGGCCUAUCUCCUGCCCAGUCAGAGUUUAAUUAUCUGAACACAGCACGCACGCUAGAGCUCUAUGGGGUGGAGCUGCACUAUGCAAGAGACCAGAGCAACACAGAGAUUCUCAUUGGGGUGAUGUCUGCAGGGAUUGUGGUUUACAAGAACAGGGUACGGAUCAACUAUUUUCCAUGGUUGAAAAUUGUGAAAAUCUCUUUCAAAUGUAAGCAGUUCUUCAUCCAGCUCAGAAGAGAGCCGACUGAAACCCGGGAGACACUGUUGGGUUUCAAUAUGGUGAACUACAGAGCCUGUAAAAACCUGUGGAAGUCCUGUGUGGAACACCACACGUUCUUCAGACUAGAACGACCGAUCCCACCGCAGAAGAACUUCUUCUCCCACUACUUCACCCUGGGAUCAAAGUUCAGAUACUGUGGGAGGACAGAGGUGCAGUCUGUACAGUACGGGAAGGAAAAAGGCAUCAAAGACAGAGUGUUUGCCAGAUCACCCAGCAAACCGCUGGCCAGGAAGUUGAUGGGAGGGACUGACUGGGAGGCAGUGAGCAGGAACAGCCUAUCAGACGAGAGACUGGAGACCCAGAGUCUGCCCACUCGCUCCCCACCUGGCACGCCAAAUCAAAACUCACUUUUCAUCCAAGAAGGCACUCGGCUGCGUCCCUCGUCAGUCGGACACCUGGUCGAUCAUGUGAUCCACACUUCCCCCAGCCUUCCUGUCUUUUCUUCCAAUCAUAAAUCAGCCUCAUCCACACAGGCCAACAGCAUCAGUUUGGACUCGACCCCGUCUCCUGAAGGUGUGGAUGGUCAGCCUCCAGCUCUGCCCCCUAAGCAGCUGAGCAGAAAGACCCUGAGUCAGAUCAUCCAGGCCCAUUCUCAACAGAGUCUCCUGGACAACCACCUGAAUGAGAUGUACGAUGUUCCUGUCAACAAUGACAAGACCACGCUUAAUGGAGUGGUCCCACAUGAUAAUCUGGUUUUGAUCAAGAUGAGGCCGGAUGAACACGGACGAUUUGGCUUCAACGUUAAGGGCGGAGCUGACCAGAAAAUGCCCAUUAUUGUGUCGAGAGUGGCACCUGGAACAUCGGCUGACCUAUGUGUGCCGCGCUUGAACGAGGGUGACCAAGUUGUCCUCAUAAAUGGACGGGACAUCUCUGACCACACCCACGACCAAGUGGUCAUGUUCAUUAAGGCGAGCUGUGAGAGCCACUCAGGAGAACUUAUCCUACUGGUCCGACCAAAUGCCAUCUAUGACGUCGUGGAGGAGAAGGUGGAUUCUGAGCCCGACUUUCAGUACAUCCCAGAGAAGUCCCCCCAAGACCCCACCCAGAUUGACCAGCAUGCUCUGAGGGACUCGAUGGCCACACUUAGAGAAGGCUUGAGCAGUGGAGCCAUACUGGCACAGUUUGAUCAACUGUACAGGAAGAGGCCGGGGAUGACCAUGCUGUGUGCCAAGUUACCUCAGAACGUUUCUAAAAACCGCUACAGAGACAUCUCCCCUUACGAUGCAACCCGGGUCAUCCUCAAAAGCACAGAUGACUACAUCAAUGCGAAUUACAUCAAUAUGGAGAUUCCCGCCUCCAGUCUGAUCAACCGUUACAUAGCAUGCCAGGGUCCUCUGCCCAACACCUGCCCCGACUUCUGGCAAAUGACCUGGGAGCAAGGCUCGUCCAUGGUGGUCAUGCUGACGACGCAGGUGGAGCGAGGACGGGUCAAGUGCCACCAGUACUGGCCCAACCCUGACAGCAGUGCCACCUAUGGAGACUUUACUGUUACGUGCCACAACGAGGAGGGCAACUCUGCCUUCUUGGUCCGGGAGAUGACUCUCACUCACUCACAGAGCGAACAGCAGAGGGACCUCACUCAGAUCCAGUACCUGGCUUGGCCCGAUCACGGCGUUCCUGAUGACUCAACUGAUUUCUUGGACUUUGUGACUCUGGUUCGGAGCAAGAGGGCUGGGCAGGACCAGCCAAUGGUGGUUCACUGCAGUGCUGGAAUUGGUCGGACCGGGGUUCUGAUCACCAUGGAGACGGCGCUGUGUCUGAUGGAGUGCAGUCAGCCGGUGUAUCCUCUUGAUAUUGUCAAAACCAUGAGAGACCAGAGGGCCAUGAUGAUACAGACUCCUAGUCAGUACCGGUUUGUUUGUGAGGCCAUCCUCAAGGUCUACGACGAGGGUCUGGUCAGACCGCUGAAGACUGCCAUCCCCCUGCUUAGAGACAAGCCAGAGGAGGACAAGAAAGUGUCAGGUGAUAAUGAGGUGCUGUCAGCAGAGGAUGAAGAUUCUGCCGUUGUGGAGUUAUUGGAAGAAGGUCUGGACGAAGAGGAUGACGACGACGAUGAUGAGGUGGAAGUGCUAGAUGUAGGAGAAGUGACUGAGGAGCUGGAAGAGGAGGAAGAUGAGGUGGAGGACCCCAGCGUGGCGAGUGUUACCAGCAUGACCAGCGAGACCAGCAUGAACCCUGAGCCGGACCCCGAGCCUGAUUCAGAACUUGUUCAACCAUGAUAUUAGAGGGCCGGGGUCAUGUCUGGGCGGACGAGCCCCGGAGGGUGCAGGAGAGAACAAAAAGCACUGUUGCACUUUACAAUGACAAAAAUGGAGAAAAAAGAGAAACACAAAGAGGAGCAAACCUGAAACUCAAGGACAAGGUAGAAUUGAAAAAAUUGUUGACUAGGUACCUUAUGAGGAUCACGUGUGCUUGGGGUGCAGAAAAAAAUAAUACAGAAGUACGUCUGAUUCAUUGUGGAUGUGGAAAUGCUGUUGUGCCAUAAGUACGAAGGGGAAGGGCUUCCCACGUGGACCGAACUGCUCCCUUUUUUAAUGUCCCAUCGGGUCGCCCUUGCCCCUUCUGAGCGAGUCUGCCAGACGGACCUGCCUUUUUUAGAGCCCUUUUAGCUGAUAAAGAGAUCAACUUUAUCUUUUGUUGAUGGGAAAGCGUAUUUAUUGUGUUUGUUAGUCCACUGAACAAAGUGAGAGUGUAUGAAUCUUGAGCUUCAUGCAUCAAUUUUAGCUAGUCCAGUAGUGCGAUUCCUCUUCCUCCUACUUAUUUUAUUUCAGUUUAUUUCUAAGGCUAAAAGGUAAUUUAUUGAUUUUGAUUUAUUUUAUUAUUCUGUCUUGAUUUCGAACAGUACAGACUGAUUGACACUGAAAAAGCACUUUGUGUUUGGUCUUGUUUCAAUGUGGCAAUCCGGUUCUCAUUUUUCUUUACUGCUGGAGUGGACACACACACUCUUAGUGAUCGCUGUGGUCCAUGUAUUUAGUGGUUGACAAUAGUCCCGACUUCACCGGGCGCCUCUGCAACUCUAAAAUCCCCCAUGAUGAUUGAAAGUGUCGUUAUUUUUGAUAAAUCCACACAACUGCCAUCGUCUCUUGUGGACGUGAAGACUCCCUAUUCCCUAGCUGUUACUCCAGACUGAGGUCACUUCCUGCUCUCCUUUUUAGUCUUUAAUUUAGUCCCUGAAGUGUCCUUGAGCCAGACACGGACGGCAACACGGACACGUUAAAUUGUUGAGCAGGAAAUGGCUGUCGUUUCUGAACAUUUCAGUCUGUAAAAAUACAAAACACUUUCUAGAUAAUAAAUGGUGAAAAUAGUUUUGUCAUUCUUAAUUUAUUUUUUAUUUUACAUUUCAAACCACACCGAAUAACUGCUGUUAUGCAUUGCCCCUCUGAACAAUUCUAUUAAAAAAUAAUAAUAACAAGAUAGCCCUUUGUGAUGAUGGAAGAGAGAAAAAAUAUUAAACUGUUGGACUUCAUUUCGUGACCUCGGACAGCAGCAUGACGCUUGAGUUUGUAGCUCACAGAUUUUUUUUAUCAUUUUUUUUUCCCCCGAGCGAAAAGCCAUCAGUUAAUAUCAUAUUUUAGCUGUGAUGUGUUUUGGUUGUUCAGGACUAAUUCCGGUUUCAGUCGAGAAGCUUAUUAGAUGUUACUUUUUUAGACCUGGAAACACUUUUUGUUUAGUUGAACUGGAUUCUGCUGGAUAGAACUACUGCUGUGUGUGCGUGUGUGUAGUCAUUUAUCACCCUCCAUACAUCUUGUGUCUUGCUGUCUGGUUUAUGCCUGCUUGUCUUUUAACUGUAACAAAAGUUUGUGCCAUAACGCCACAAACCUCAAAUUAAAGUUUUUAUUUCUAUUUUUUUUUUCUCAAGAAAUGUAUAUUUUUUAUGGUGACGACGAUGAAGAUAUUCAUACAUCUUGAUCUCUGCAUGUCUUUAUCUGCAAACUGUUUUGAGAGUUCUGCUAUUUACAUCAUCUAACUGACAGGAAGGAAACUGCUUUGUAAGGUGAUCAGAGGACUACAGGAAAAUAUUCCAGUGCAAAUAUUGACCUCACCAUUCUGGGAAUUAAUGCUUCCAUUAUUUAAUAUCUCUUUUUAAUGUAGCUUCAACAUGGGAGCCUAGAAGCAUAAUUUGCUGUAUUGGAGGAGAAAGAAACACAAUUUGAUUUAUAAUAAUUUACUUUGAGUGUACCUUGAAAAAAACUGUGGCUAUGUACCCAGUUAAUUUAAUGGAUGUAUGAGCAGCUUGCUUAAAAAUUCUGCAGAAGUCGUAGCGUUUUGGCUUAAUUUGGACUGAAUAAACGUUCGUUGAAGUGAACUUCCCUAUGGUCACAGGCAGUUCUCGAUGGUCUUGUAAUUCCAUCUCAAAGCUUUCAUGUGAAAAUGACCAUCAUUUUCAUCCCCAACAUGAGUAACGGGAACCCAAAGUCAACCUUGUUUGCAAAACCCUGGAGAUAGAGAACAGCUUUCUGGAAUCUCUGUCUCAGCUUCUCCUCUGUUCUCACUAUGGUCUUGCAGGUUCAGAAGGUCUGCCAUUACAUAUUGAAUAUAAAGGUGAAACGUCUUAAACGAUUCCAGUUGAGACUUGUAAGCACUCAAAGCAUUAGUCAUCUUGUAUCAUUUCAUCUCAUGAUUUGCAUUUUUGUAACGCAACAUUUCUUCUAUCUAAGCCCUCUCCAGAUCCAGUCAGCUCCUCUCCUUAUCUUACACCUCCUUUGUAUGGUUUUUAAUGGAUCCCACUCACUGCACAACCUUCAGGCACAAUGACACAUCGGAGCGGAUUGGCGUCUGAGGGCAGGAUCAACCCAGUUUCUUUACGUGGAGAACAACUGUCGUCAGUGAAUGUACUUGCAGAACAUUUGGGUUAAACAUUCAUCUGAUCAGACUCAUCAGCUUCUAACUCAAAACAGAAAACGGUGUGGCCAAUCCUAACAAAUCCGUGUUCAAAAUGAUGGUGUUUCAAAGAUGUAAAGCUUAAGUCAGUGAUGGAUCACUUCCACCAAAUCUCCAGCAAUGUCCCAGUGUGACUAAAGGAGUGCGUAUCAGUCUGGUCCUGGAGAGCAGAGACGGGUCCAUGUAGUUGUGUCUCUGACUGGUGAUGGAAGGAGAGCACUUUUGAUACUGACCGAGUGGCAGGUAGUGCUACUGAGAAACAAACAUUUUUGGUUUCAAUGUUUUUCUUUUCUUUUUCUUUUUAAGAUAUGACACCUGUAGGGGAAACAAACUACACAGUGCCACUUGUCGAUUUUGUGUAAAUAAAACUCAACCCUGUACAUACAAUGUUGUAUAUGAAAAAAAAAAAUCUUUAAAAUAAAAGGGAAAAUCAUUUGUGA